AUGUCCGGUAAAGCUAUGAAUGAACACGUGGAAGGCAACACGGAGAUACUGUCUCACAUACGCACUGCAGAGAGUGUCAUGCUGCCCAUUCCCCGGGAUACCUUUGAGAAGCUCUACCUGACCCCUAAGAUGCCCAUCGCAGGAAACUUGCGGCGCACUUUUGGUAACCCAACCCCUAUAUCAUUGAUGGGUUUCUUAGUGUCUGCCACACCCAAUGCAAUGCUUCAUAUGGGUUGGAGAGGUGCUGGCGGAGAUGGAGGGGCCAUCUUCCCAGCAUAUAUCUUUUUCGGUGGCAUAGUCCAGAUCAUUGGCGCCUUGGGGGAAUGGAUUCUUGGGAAUACCUUUUCCUGCGCUGUUUUCUUCACAUAUGGAGCUUUUUGGCUAGCAGAGGGGGCCUCCUUGAUGCCAUUUUUCGAAGUGGGUGCCAAAUAUUCCUCCACAGGUAACAGCUUUGAGGGUAUGAAGACAGCUGGGUACCACGCAACUACAGGUCUAUAUUACGUUGUCUUGGCUGUGGUCACUUUCAUCUAUCUUAUUUGUUCCAUCCGCACAAAUGCGUGUCUGUUUCUUGCUCUCCUGUUCUUGGUGGCAGCAUAUAAUCUCUAUGCAGCUGUGCAUUUCUAUAUUGCGCUAGGAAACGAAGCUCUGGCAGCUAAGAUGGAAAUGGCUGCGGGUGCCUGCAAUUUUAUACUUUGCAUCCCGAUAUGGUACAUCUUCGUGGCCCAAAUGUUGGAGUCGAUUGACUUCCCACUCGUCCUACCAGUUGGAGAUUUGAGUGAGCUCAUUCAAGGAAGGAAUCGAAAGGCGCAGAAAAGGACGGAGAAUGAUGCAUAG